AUGGCAGAUGGACACGUGAAGUACGUGGCGAAACAUGAAGUACAAGGCCGCGUGCAACUGUUGCGGUUGCUGAACCCGUCAGCGCUCUUCGAAACAGAUGGCAAGGGAAAUAAGGUGAACUACCUGAGAGCUGAAGCUCGCAUCCUUCCGGAGGAUUGGAGAAGAACCCAGGUGAAGACGGGGAAGAAAGUUGGCGAUCCUUGGAUGGCUCACCAUGGGUGUCCGUUAAGAUCUGAACUCCUGGAUUCGUGGCAAGACUUCCAAUCUCUGGCACAGAAGUUUGAGGAGCCUCACAUUGCUGGAGACUUCUUUUCCAAAGUGGCCCCCCGUGUCUCCAGUGGCAUUUUGGCUGCAGCCUGGCAGCAGCUGCAGGUGCAAACGCAGCUGGUGCGGCGCCAGAAACGCGCCGCUCGGGCGCAAAAUCGGGGAAAACCUGGGGGAUUUCGAAGUUCAGCAGCAAAAAUCGUGGUUUGA